UAAAGGAUCCGCCGUCAAAAAACAUGCACUUCACCUGAGUAUCAAGAAUACAAACACACUCCCAGACCAACAUCUUCAUCUUCUUUUACCAUCGACCUUCUCCUCUUUCUCCUAAUACACCAUCCCACAACGUGAAAAGCAUCAAAUCACGCCCCUUUCACCAACCCACCCAAAAUGACACCCAAAUUCAUCAACACCCUCCUUCUCGUUCUCUUUCCCCUUUUCUUCCGCAGAACCACCUCCUCCGUCACCACUGCUGAAGAAAUCCAACUCAGAGCAGCUCAAUGCCGCAAUAUGUCCCAGGCCGAGCACUGCCAGUAUAUGGAAUUGGUGGCGUUUUUGAACGAGACCCGGGAUCUGAGUCUUUCUCGUCCGGCUCCGUAUUUGCUUUUUAGGAGACAGCAUCGGUAUUAGCCACGGUACUCGUGCGAUGGAACUGGGGGGGAGAUGUUGGGUGAUGGUUUGUGUUUUAGAUUUGAG